AUGGACUUCCAGCAUCCAAUCAUUGGGAAUGUAAAGGGACUACCCGCACAAGAUGUGACUCAGUUCUUGGGUAUCAAAUAUGCCAGCCUGGGCCACUGGUUCGACAAUGCCAAAUUGGUCGAGUACGACGGAAAGGGCUUGGAUGCCAGGCGCCAUGGUCCUCAAGCAAUUUCUGAUCCAUCCGGAGUCCACAAUGAACACUUCAUCAUUCAGAGAGCGCUUCCAACAGCUGAGCAUCCCGGCAUCUCAGGCACAGAAUGCCUCAACCUGAAUAUCGCUGUACCUCAAACAUCUGGAGCUGCCCAAUCACUCCCCGUAUUCGUCUUCAUUCACGGCGGAGCCUUCAUAACAGGCUCGAACUGGUGGCCGCAGUACGACUUGAAGCGUUUCGUUCAACUUUCUGUGAAGCAGAACAAACCCAUCAUUGCUGUCAACAUAAAUUAUCGCCUAGGGGCUCCUGGGUUUCUGACAUCAGAAGAGCUCCGUAAAGCAGGUUUCAAGAGUAACCAAGGACAUCAUGACCAGCGAGUCGCCCUGCAGUGGGUGAAACGCUACAUUGCAGGUUUUGGUGGUGAUCCUGACAAGAUCACUCUUGCUGGCGAGAGCGCUGGAGGCAUUUCUGCCAAUCGCUUUCUAUACUCGAAUGAGCACGCUCCAUCUCAGAUUGUUGUACUCGGCGGGUCAACUCCGUCACUGCCACCCAUGGACAUUUCGGCUGCUGAGCAAACCUACCAGAGUGCUUUGAAAGCUCUGAAUCUCAACGGCGGUUCUCCAAGCCAGAAAAUCGAAAGUCUGUCGAGAUUAUCUCCGGAAGACCUUGGGAAACUGGACCAGAGUCUUCGGUUGUUGCCGGUUGUGGAUGAAGAUACCGUCCCGUUCGUGCCGAGUUUCAAGACGGUGUUAUCCAACAGGGGCAUCUCUCAGGAUUCUCCCUGCAAAGCUAUCAUGGUCGGCUAUCUUCCACUUGAUGCGAGCAUCUUUGGGUUAGCUGGGCUUCUUCAGAGACAAGCAGGAAUUGCUGCCUCAUUCAUCACGUCUAUCAAAUCAUCAUUGGCAAGCCAUUCCGAUGAAGCUUCAAAACUUCUGUCUACGUACGGCAUCAAUGAGGGAACCAAAGACGAGGAUGCUCUCAUCCAGAUUCUCAGAUUCGCCUCAGACAUUGGGUUCCAGGCGCCAGCGCGGUCUUGGGUCGAGAGCUUCCCCGCUGACACUUUUCUGCUGGAAUUCGCAGAGCCUAACCCUUGGGACGGGCCGUUCAAAGGCCACUCCACUCACGUUCUUGAUGUAGCAUUCCUGUUCCAGAAUUACAAUGACCAUUUGGACCCUAGUCAGCGGGCGUCUGCGGAGGCGUUUGCUGCUGAUAUCAUAAGCUUCGUGCGAGGCGAAGCUCCAUGGAAGAGGUUCAGAGACGCAGAAGGAUUUACCGUCUACCAGGGUGGAAAGAGGACUUACAAGGAAGGUUCGGCGGCAACCUCGGAUCAGUAUCGAGCGUUGCUGGAAAUCAGCGAAACGGUGGGGUUGGACUCUCUGCUGGAGGCCUGGAUGAAGUUCUUUCUUCCCUCAUAG